AUGCUCGCACAUGCGCCCAAUACUCUGCAACUGGAGCUGAAGAACUCCGAUGGUGAUACCUACCAGAUUCAAGUGGCGUGGCCUCUAGCGUGGGAUGAUCCUAAGGCCCCGGGCCAUAGCGCCUCUAUCAUUUAUGUACUUGAUGGCAAUGCGCUAUUCUUCACAACAGCCGAAGCAUCGCGCCGUAGCGCAACGCUUCCUUCAAGCGACAAUGCAGUUGUGGUAGGGAUUGGGUAUCCAAUCGAAGACAGGCCAUACAGUCCGCGAAGACAUUAUGACUACACCCCACCAUGUGAUACUUAUGUAGCACCACGCGGAAUUGAUGGUAAACAGCAAACUGCACCUCACGGCGGCGCAACACGCUUUCUUGAAUUCCUUGUCGGUACUGUACGGACCACUUUGCUUACAGACGUUUUCUGUGGUCUAUCCGUGAUAAAGGAGAUCCUUAUCGGCCAUUCUCUGGGCGGACUAUGCACUCUACAUGCAUUGUUCCAGAAUACAACACCCUUUGAUACCUUCAUUGCCCUUAGCCCUUCAAUAUGGUGGAACAAUGAGUUUAUUCUAGGAGAAGCAGAGCGUUUCUUGAAGCAACGUCAAGAUGGUGUAGGUUCAGAGCCACAUGCCACAUUGCCUUCUUUAAUGAUUAUAUAUGGGAGCCUGGAACAAGAGCGACGGUGCCACCCCUCCUGGAGCGAAGAUAAAUACCGGAGAGUGAAAGUCUUGUCGCAGGAAAGAAAGAUGAAAGACAACGCUGAUGCGCUAGCGAAUCAUUUGCGAGAAAGUGGUCAAUUAAGCAAAGUACGGGUCAAGGAAUAUCAAGAUGAGGAUCAUGGGAGUGUGGUUGGUGGUGGUAUUAGUUGGGCAGUUGGGGCUGUCUUGGACGAAGGGAGAUUCUGUUCCGAUGAGGAUGACUAG